CCAGUCCCUGCACCCAGUAUCCCGGCCUCUGCUCUUUAGUUCACAUAUUAGCUCAGUAUCUAGUAUUCGGACCCUCCCAACUACCUGAUCACUUACAAAAAACCUUAAAGGCACAAUGGCAGAAAAGGAAGAACUAGUACAGAGGGCUAAGCUCGCCGAACAGGCUGAAAGAUACGACGACAUGGCCGGAAGUAUGAAGGCCGUGACUGAAACCGGUAUUGAGCUUAGCAAUGAGGAGAGGAAUCUUUUAUCAGUAGCCUACAAGAACGUUGUCGGAGCCAGAAGGAGUUCCUGGAGGGUUAUCUCCUCAAUUGAACAAAAAUCUGAGGGAAGUGAACGAAAGCAACAGAUGGCCAAGGAAUACAGGGAGAAGGUUGAAAAAGAACUCAGAGAUAUUUGCAAUGAUGUGUUGGCUUUGUUAGACAAAUAUCUAAUCGCUAAAGCCAGUAAUGCUGAGAGUAAAGUGUUUUACUUGAAGAUGAAAGGAGACUACUACAGGUGAAGUAGAUUUGCAAAUUUCUUCACCAAAAAAACUGUUAUUGACGACUCCCAGAAAGCUUACCAGGACGCUUUUGAGAUUUCCAAGUCUAAAAUGCAGCCGACCCACCCUAUCAGACUGGGACUUGCCCUCAACUUUUCAGUCUUUUAUUACGAAAUCCUCAACAGUCCAGACAAAGCGUGUCAGCUAGCGAAACAGGCGUUCGACGACGCAAUCGCCGAGUUGGAUACCCUGAAUGAGGACAGCUACAAGGAUUCAACCUUAAUUAUGCAGCUUCUACGAGAUAACCUCACCCUAUGGACAUCAGAUACUACAGGUGAAGGUGAUGACGCCGGGGAAGGAGGAGAUAAUUGAGUACACACAUUAGAGCAUUUUGUCCAGACAUGGACUUUUCCAUCAUCUUGUCCACCCUCCAGGGGAGUGUUCAUCCCACCUUUUUCUGGAGGGGAGGGGGAUUUCUUCCCUUUUUUCCCCAAUAGGGUGAAAUUUUGACGUUGUCUAGAAACAUUGUCGUCUCUCCAGUGAAGAAAAACUUGUGAUUUUAACAUUUUUUAGUGCUUUGUACAACAAUAUUUAUUAUAAUUGAAUUCAAAGCCAAGUUUAAAGCUAUACACCCUCCUUCCUCCCUCCCUUUACUCCCUUUUAAGAAUUUAAUUUAUGUUCUGCAGUCCACGCUGUAAAUGUAAGUCGGAAAGUUAAUAAAAAAUAAGAAAAAAUU